CGGAAGUGGUUGAACAGUGAAACGUCAACAGCUUCAGCAGCACUCCGAAGUUAGUUUCAAACUGUCAGGAAAGUCGACAUAUAACACAGUAAUCGACCAUUAGAGCAUGUUAAAGAGCUUAUUAUAAGUUAAUUGACAAACAGUUUAAAGUAUGUUUCGGAAAUGGGGAGCCUGGCUCGGGAUAGAAAACGAAAAUGGCCCCGUUAAAGAAGAAGACGACUCUGUUGUUGAUGUUAAUGAAGACGAGAAUCAGGACAUAAACAAACCGACUGUUGUGACUGCAGAAAGUGAGCCGAUAAGUGCUGGUAAAGAAGGUGAUGAACAGCCUCAGCUUCUCCAGAAAGCUAAAGGCUUCAGUGGUUACAUUUAUAAUUUCGCCAGCAGUGCCUCAAAGAAACUGUCCGAGUCCGUCGUCGAAACAGCACAAACCCUGAAGAAAAGUGUGGAGGAGGGAAAGAUCAAUGGAAUUAUUGAUAAGACCAUUCUGGGUGAAUUCCAGAAAGAACAGGAAAAAUUUGUUCAGGAGAAAAAAUCUAAAACAUCUAGUGCUGCUGUGCCACCAUGGGUUGGUUAUAAUGAAGAGGACACCAUACAGCAGCAGAUUUUGGCUCUCUCAGCUGACAAAAGGAAUUUUUUGCGAGAUCCUCCCGCUGGGGUGCAAUUUCACUUUGACUUUGAGCAAAUGUAUCCAGUCGCCAUGGUGAUGUUGGAAGAAGACGAGCUCCUUCGGAAGAUGCGCUUCCAUCUGGUCCCCAAACAGGUGAAAGAAGAAGUCUUCUGGAAGAAUUACUUCUACCGUGUGUCCUUGAUAAAACAGUCAGCUCAGCUCACAGCUCUCGCAGCACAACAGGCGGCUGAGAAGAGAGACGGGGAGAAAACUGGCACCGCUCCCGACACUGUUCAUCAAAAGGAUGUAGUUAAACGGAAAACUCCUGCUGUCUGCAGCACCAAACCAAAGUCCAGGGAGGAAGACGAGGAGAUCUCCACCAGCCCGCCUGUGUCUGAAUUCGUGAGUGAUGCUUUUGACUCGUGCAAGAUAAAUGAGGACGACCUACGCAAAGAGAUGGAACAGCUGGUGCUGGACAAGAAGGGACAAAAAAGCACUCAUCAGGAGGAGACUCCUGACUGGGAGAGAGAGCUGCAGGAGGAGCUUCAGGAGUACGACGUGUUGGCUGAUAAUGAGAACCGUGAUGACAACUGGGACAGGGAGAUUGAAGAGAUGCUAAUGGAGGACAGUAAGAGCACUUAGACGAGCUCCACCAGCCUUAAGUGUGUGAAGGACACAUUUUAAGGUCAGAAACAGCUCAUGAUUACAGAUUUAAUGCUCCCAGCGGGAUGAUUCAUCGCUGUAUCUGUCCUCUAAGAACUCUCAAGAUGCAGAAACACCACUGAACGUCUAACAGUUCACUGUACUAUUUCUGUGGCCUGAAAGUUUUAUGAAUAAAUAUUUAGUAUUGUAAAGAAGAGAUACUGUCCCACAUCUCAAGUUCAUAAUGUGAUACUGAGGUACACCUCCACAGAGGGCUGAAACUUUGCCUCAGACUUGGCCUCGGGAACUAAAGCGAGACUAUGAAACACAGUAAUGACAGUGGCCAUUGUUGACUCGAGUGGUAAUUACAGGAUAAUGGUAAAUGUAGAGUAGAGAGGAGUCACAAUAUCAGCAUACUGACUCAGCGGUGUCUCUUGCACAGUAAUAUCUGCCUGAAGUUUGCUUCCAGUAGCUAACAUUAGCCACCAUAAGCUAAUGGUCAAACUAGAUUUGAGUACCAAGCUGUAGCACCAAAACCAGUGAGUUUAUUGAAACUGUCCAUUUGUUAAUUGAAUAUAAACCGGACCUGUUAUGCUCAUGUUCACGUUCAUACUUGUCUUUUGGGUUUCUACUAAAACGUGUUUACUAGAGGUGGGGGAAAAUCUAUAUAGCAUAGUAUCGUGAUACUUUUGUGUGGCAAUAUCAUAUUGUCACAUAGUGCCAAGAAUCAAUUUUUUUAUUAUAUAGAUUAUUAAUAUUACAAAUACAACUUAAAAUGUAGGUAUCCUGCUAGAAUAACAUAAUCAGCUGCUGAUCAUGCUUUGUCACUUCACUACAUACAUGUUGCUGC